AUUAACAGCAAGAUGCAGCCCGAAACCAAACCUCAGGAAACCAGCGCCGACGUCAAUUCGGGCCCGGCGACGCUGGAGGCGGCGUUUCCGCAACAUGCACUUUCUUUAACGUCGCGGGCGAUGCACGCCGACGACUACAUCAACAGCCACCGUGCCGUCGCCCCUCCGAUGCACGUCAGCACCACCUAUCGCUACACAGACGACCCGGAUAAGCUCACGUACUGGGGCAAUGUAGAUGUCCAAAAUCACCAGCCAAACGCUCCCUACGACUCCCACGUGUACUCGCGCGAGACGGCACCCAACACGACGCGGCUCGAGGCUAUCCUCACGUCCCUGCUGGGAGGGCCGUCGCUGUCGUACGGCUCGGGUCUUGCGGCCUUCCACGCCAUGCUCACCAUGCUCAACCCGCGCCGCAUCGCCAUCGGCGGCGGCUACCACGGCUGCCACGGCGUCAUCCGCCUGAUGAAACGGCUCACGGGCGUGGAGCAGCUCACCCUCGCCCCCGAGGACCUCGACAAGCUCCAAAGCGGCGACGUGCUGCACGUCGAGACUCCGCUGAACCCCACGGGCGAGGCCCGCAACCUGGAGCACUACGCCUCCAUCGCCAAGGCCAAGGGCGCUAUAUUGACGGUCGACGCGACCUUUGCCCCGCCGCCCCUGUUGGACCCUUUUGCCUUUGGUACUGAUAUCGUCAUGCACAGCGGGACCAAAUACUUUGGCGGCCACUCGGAUAUGCUCUGUGGAGUGCUUUCCGUCAGCCCCCAGCGCAAGUCCGAAGGUUGGUUUGAGAAGCUCUUCGAGGACCGUCUCUUUCUCGGGUCCGUCAUGGGGAGUAUGGAGGGCUGGUUGGGCGUGCGCAGUCUGAGGACGUUGGAGCUUCGCGUCGAGAGGCAGAGCAGAACCGCAGAUGGGCUUGUUGCCUGGCUGGCCUCGCAGACUGGGGAGGAUCCAGCAUCGCCGCUGGGUGGCCUUUUGAGAAGAGUGCAGCACGCAAGCCUUCAGCCAGAAGCCGCAGACCCGAACUCGUGGCUGCGAAGGCAGAUGCCUCGUGGCUUUGGGCCCGUCUUCUCCAUCUACCUGGACAGUGAAGAUCACGCCAAACGGCUUCCCGGCAAGCUGCACCUGUUUCACCAUGCUACAAGCCUGGGUGGGGUCGAGUCACUCAUAGAGUGGCGCGCCAUGACGGACCCUAACCUCGACAAGGCUCUGCUGAGAGUAAGCAUCGGCAUCGAGGCGCUAGAGGAUCUCAAGGCCGAUUUUCUUCAGGGAUUCCGCGCUCUCGUAGAAGAGGACAAGACCAGAGGUUGA